AUGGCAGCGAAUUUCAAAGGUGCUGUAAAGCGAUCUACAAUCCUCGUACUCGCUUCAUGCUGGAAAAAGAACUUGAUGAUUCCCAGGUGUCCAAAGUUGGCGGCUUUGUUCAGCGCUUCCUGUCCGAUGUGUACCGGAUUGGCUUGCAAGAUGGCUGUCUUUCAAGUUUAUACUUUAGCAGAUGAAACAGCUUUUGGCGCAGCAUGA